UGCCGCAAGGUUAUCGCAGAGGAUACAAUUCUAGAAGAUUUUUGAAAGGCGUUCCAGAAAGAAAGAAUAUGGAUCAAACGGAAUAUCAUCGUCCCAAACGGAACAUCAUCAAACCACGACGAUUUCAAACUACAUCAUCUUCGGACGAGGCAGAUACAGGAAAAAAGACGAUGAAACUACAAGGCAGUCAAUUAGAAGAAGAUGUCGCUGAGUUACGGAGAGUAUUAGAGAAUCAUUCUCCCGAUAUAAAUAUGCAUGCUCAUCAUUCACUCACUUACGCACAAUCUAGUGACACAACACACUCACAAACUAACGCACAAUCAACCGUUACACAACACAACAGUUACACAACACAAGCAUUUUGCCCCAAUGUCACAUCACACUCAACUUACGCACAACCAUUAACAGUCAUCCACAUAACACAAGCACCUUUUAUGCACGAAACAUCACAAUCAUCAUCCUACGCACGACAAAGUUUUCAUCUAGACUCUCAUUCUUCUCAACAACAUACAACACAAACAUUUACACAUGAACCACAUGCAUCUGUCACUUAUACACAACUUGAUAACAGAUUAAAUACACCACGUAACAUUCAGUUGCAGGCUUCAAACAUCUGGCCAACUUCAAGUUAUCUGCCAAGUUCUUCGUCAUCAGUACGAGCUGCAGGAGAAUUUAAUGAUGUGAGACUAGAAAUUCAAGCCAUACAUGGGAAAAUAAAUCUGUUAACUUCAGAAGUUCAAAAAAUACAUCAAAAGUUGGAAAAGGUAUUGACACAGAUGAGCAAUAGCCGAAGACAUGUGCCCGAAAAGCCAAUAUUUUUGCCAAUAUCAUCUGUUGGAGACAUUGAGAAAUUUGAAACGGCCAAUGAUGAAAAAUACAUGAAAUUGUACAUUUGA